AUGGCUGCAAAUAAGCUCGGUAUGGUUCUAUUCUUGCUGGUGCUGGCUGGGGCUGCAGAUGCAAAAGCCAUCCAGCAGAGAGCGACCAGUACUCAGCCUGAUUGGCUCCAAAUGUCGCCUGGCAACUAUGCUGGCACGACAGCAACUGGAGCUGCUCCCUUCUUAGCGGAGCUGAAUCCAGCACCAUUUGGUCAAGCUACUUACACCCCGAAUGCUCCGUUGGAGAUUUCGGAGCCCAUCAAGGGCGCUCAAGGGCGAAAUAUUUUCCAUCUCAUGGGAGAUCAAAGCUCCUACUUCUCACCUGAGGACGGAUUCGGGGUGGACGAGUACCCAUUGCCCAAGGGUGCAAAGAUCCAUCAGAUGCACAUGCUGCAACGCCACGGCGCAAGAUACCCUUCCUCAUCGGAAGGCCUCGACUCAUGGGCAGCUGGUAUCGCGAACUCCACGGCCAAGGGGAAUACAUUCACUGGAGAAUUGGCGUUCUUAAAUGACUGGUCUUACAAGCUUGGAAAAGAGAUUCUUGUCCCGCAAGGCCGCCAGGAGCUCUCGUCCAAGCUGGUCAUUCGCACAACCUUGCAGUCUCGCAUGCUUGAAAGUGCCGAGAACUUCUUGGCUGAAUUCUUCGGGCUCGAAUGGCGGGCUCAUGCGAAUAUCUUGGCCACGAUCGAUCCUGCAAGGACGGGCGAAUACUCAUGCACUAGGGAAGGCAAGACUAUGCUUGCCUCGAUCGCAGAGCCCGUCGCGACAUGGAUGGAAACCUACUUAGCGAAACGCACAGCUCAACUGAAACAUCUGACCAGCAACUACAAUUGGACAGUAACCGACACCCAUAACGCGCAGAGCUUAUGUCCCUACGAAACGAUCAGUCUGGGCUACAGCGACUUUUGCCAGCUCUUCACCUACGAAGACUGGGAAGGCUACGCCUAUCUCAUGGACAUAGAAUUCGCCGCCAUGUCUGGAUUUUUGAGUCCUACCGGCCGAGCACAGGGAAUUGCCUGGGUUGAGGAAUUCCUUGCGCGCGUCGAGGGGCAUUACCUCGAUGUCCCUGCCAACACUACCGGCGCCAACAUGACUCUCGACACAAAUCCAGUGACCUUCCCUCUAAACCAAUCUCUCUUCUUCGAAUUCACCCACGAUGCCAACAUCGUCUCAGUCCUGACUGCAUUUGGCCUGAAGCAAUUCGCCGACUUCCUGCCUCUCACUGGCCCGCCGAAGAACCAGCAAUUUUCUACUAGUAGACUCGUCCCAUUUGCUGGUCGCUUCAAUAUUGAGAUUAUCAAAGCACCUCACAAGGUUUCUACCACGCGCUCUUCCAAGGCUAGCAAGAAAUCGGAUUACAUUGCCGGUACUGGAGAGACGAGCUACGUGCAUUUUAUUCAAAAUCAGCGCACUGUGCCGCUACACGCUAGCUUCGAGGCGUGCGAUUACCGCGAUGAUGGCUGGUGCGAGCUCCCUAUUUUCCUCAAGGUGCAGAAGGAGAGUCUGGCUAAGGCAGAGUAUGAGUAUGCUUGCUUUGGCAACUGGACUAUGGGGAGCUACGGUGCUGUGCGGAACGGUGUUCCUGCAUGA